UAAACACAAUCCAAUUUGUUUUCUGCCUUCUUCUCACUCUAUACAUAUCCUUCUAGCUCUUCUUGUCCUAAUAAAAUUUCCACAAUUUCCAAUAAUUUGUGGAAAAAAAUGGGAGACCCUCAAGAACAUAUUGUAAUGUUUCCAUUUCUUGCAAUUGGCCAUAUGAUUCCUUUCUUAGCCUUAGCCAAAAAAAUCCAAGAAAGAACUAACUACAAAAUCACCAUAGUUAGUACCCCUUUUAAUAUCAAAUAUCUUAGUUCCACCAUAGCCAAAGAUUCAACACAACAAAUACAAAAUCCAAAUAAUAUUUCUUUAGUUUCACUACCUUAUAAUAGUUCUGAUCAUGGUUUACCACCCAAUACAGAAAAUACAGAAGCCUUGCCUUUAAAAGACAUGGUGACAAUUUUCAAUUCUACAUUCUCUCUUAAAGAUCCACUUAAAAAAUUGAUCUUAGAGAUUAUUGAAAAAGAUGGUAAGUCUCCACUUUGUAUAAUAUCUGAUACAUUUAUGGGAUUUGCCAGUGAAGUUGCAAAAUCUUGUGGUAUUUUUCAUGUAAGUUUUACUACUGCUGGUGCAUAUGGGACAGCAGCAUAUUUAUCAAUAUGGCUAAAUCUUCCACACUUAUUAGCUAUUGAUGGUGUUUUUAAAAUGCCAGGAUUUGAUGAUUCUUGUUCUCUUUUUUCUGUUAAUCAACUUCAUCCUUUUAUGAAAUCAGCAAAUGGUAAUGACCCUUGGUCUAAAGUGUUGAAAUCUUUGUUGUCACCUUCUUUUGAUUCUUUAGGAUUUUUGUGUAAUAGUGUUGAGGAAAUUGAGCCUAUGGGAAUAAAAGCAAUCAAGAAUUUGACUAAACUUCCUGUUUGGUGUAUUGGACCUUUGCUUCCACAAUGUAUUCUCAAGAAAGGUGAAAAAGAUCAAAUCUUUGAACCAAGAAUUGGAAAAGAUCAUGGAUUGUCACCUGAAAAAUGUAUUUCUUGGUUGGACAAACAUCCUCAAAGCUCUGUUCUUUACAUAUCUUUUGGUUCACAAAACACAAUUAGUACUUCUCAAAUGAUGGCAUUGGCUUUGGGGUUGGAAGAAAGUGAAGUUCCAUUCAUUUGGGUGAUUAGGCCACCUAUUGGAUUUGACAUAAAAGGUGAGUUUAGAUCUGAAUGGUUACCAAAAGGGUAUCAAGAAAGAAUGUUAAAGAGCCAAAAAGGUCUAAUAGUGAAAUCUUGGGCACCCCAAUUGCAAAUCUUGAGUCAUAAUUCAACCGGCGCAUUCUUGACUCACUGUGGAUGGAAUUCGGUAUUGGAGAGUUUGAACCAAGGGGUGCCUAUUAUUAGUUGGCCUUUGGCUGCUGAACAAGCAUUUAAUUCAAAGAUGUUAAUGGAAGAAAUGGGGGUUUGCGUUGAGUUAACUAAAGGGUUUUCAAGUGUUGUUGAAAAAGAGGAUGUGAAGAAAGUGGUAGACAUUGUUUUGGGUAAAAAUGGAAUAGGGAAAGAAAUGAAGGAAAAGGCUAAUGAAAUUGGGAUGUGCAUUAGAGGAGCUGUUAAAGAAGAGGGGAAUUUUAAGGGCUCUUCUGUUAAAGCAUUGGAUGAUUUCAUAUCUACUCUACUUAGUAGAAGAAAUAUGUCAUCUUAAGAAGGAAUUUUGCAACAUUCUAAGGCUUUUUGAGUAUAUUUGAUGCAGUUUAUUGGUACUUCAGGAUAAAGACAACAAAAACUUUCGCUACUAAACAUGAUUAUCCUCUAUGUUCUUUAUAUUUCCAUUUUUAACAUGUCUUUCAAACAGGAUGUCCAGUUAUGUGUUGUAACUUGUAACAGUUUCAUUCCAAUUUUGAUUUCAAGUUUAUUUGGCAAUUAUGAAGUUCAAAAUCCUUUUGUACUAAAGAUAAAAAGAAUAGAGACUCCUUUUAUCAGCAAUA